AUGCCUACACUCAACAGAAAUGCCUUGUGGGAGUUUUUGAUCAUUCCGCAGGAGGGGCUUCCUGAAUCAGAAACAUCAUCAUCUUUGGAUACCCGAGAUUGGGGUACCGUGGGAUUGCUUUGCCUACCAUGGCUGUUUUGGUUGCUCACUUUCCUAUACAGAAUCUUCUCAAGGAUUUUUGGAUGUAGAGUUAGUGUUGGUGGAGGAAAUUGGGUUCCUACUGCAAAUGCAGACGUGGAGGUUGCAGUUGCAUCUCAUGCAAAAGGUGACAAUCUGUUAAAUAGGGCAUCAUCUGUUGCUUCACACGAAAGUGAAAUGACAUUUGCAAAAUCUAUGUCAGCACCGUCGUUAAAACCUGCCUCACUCGAUUAUUACUAUUAUCAUCAGGGCAAAAAGUACAGGGGCGGCAUCGCCUCUGCAAGGUUGUGCAUGAAGAUGCAGGCAGAAGUGUGGCGGUUGACGAGUCCAAGUUUGGUGAACUCUAAGUUUGAGCUGCUGUCGGUAGAGAGGAAGCCGAGGCCGAAGCAUGUUGAGGGUCUGGCUGGAGGGAAAAAAAGUUGUGAUGAUGAUGGUUCAGAGUUUGGGAGUGCAGGUUCUUCGUUUUCUCCACAACAGGAGAGCUUGUCAGAGGGUACUAAAAAUGGUGAUGGGGAUGGUAUUGAGUAUGAUGCAGAUGAUUCUGUUCAAGAGUUGGAUCAUUUUGAACCUGAGAAUGAUGGUUCUAUAACUUUGACUGGCCCCAGAUCGACUUAUAAGUUGCAGGCUAGAAUUGCGAAUAUGUUGUAUCCGCAUCAGCGGGAGGGGUUGAAGUGGCUCUGGUCUUUGCAUUGUCUGGGAAAAGGUGGAAUCUUGGGGGAUGACAUGGGUUUGGGGAAAACAAUGCAGAUGUGUGGCUUUCUAGCUGGACUGUUUCAUUCUCGUUUAAUUAGAAGAGCAUUGAUUGUAGCACCCAAAACCUUAUUGCCCCAUUGGAUCAAAGAGUUGUCAGCUGUGGGUCUAUCCGAGAAGACAAGAGAAUAUUUUGGAACCUCUACAAAACUCAGAGAAUAUGAACUUCAGUACAUACUUCAGGACAAAGGAGUUCUUCUCACAACAUAUGAUAUUGUCCGCAACAAUUCUAAGUCCUUACAGGGGAAUAAUUAUUUUGAUGAUGAGGAUAAUGAAGAAGGUGUAACAUGGGACUACAUGAUACUUGAUGAGGGACACCUUAUAAAGAACCCUAGCACACAAAGGGCUAAAAGUUUGCUUGAAAUACCAAGUGCUCAUUGCAUUAUCAUUAGCGGCACACCUUUGCAAAAUAAUCUGAAGGAGUUGUGGGCAUUGUUCAAUUUCUGUUGCCCAGAGUUGCUUGGUGACCACGAAUGGUUCAAAGAAAGAUUUGAAAAUCCCAUACUUCGUGGAAAUGACAAACAUGCUUCUUACAGGGAGAAGCGUGUUGGUUCAUCUGUAGCAAAGGAACUAAGAGAUUGUAUUCAUCCUUACUUUUUGAGACGUUUGAAGAGUGAGAUUUUCAAUCAAGAUGAUGAGAAAACAACUACAAAACUUUCUCAGAAACAGGAGAUCAUUGUGUGGCUCCGACUGACCAGCGUUCAGCGGCAUCUUUAUGAAGCAUUUUUGAAUAGUAAGAUUGUUCUCUCAGCAAUUGAUGGCUCACCACUGGCUGCCAUUACGAUUUUGAAGAAAAUAUGUGAUCAUCCACAUCUGUUGACAAAGCGGGCUGCUGAGGGUGUGUUGGAAGGGAUAGACUCAAUGCUAAAGCCAGAAGAGGCUAAUGUUGCAGAAAAAUUGGCAAUGCACAUAGCAGAUGUUGCAGGCAAAGAUAAGUUUAAAGACAAGCAAGAUGUGUCAUGCAAAAUUUCCUUCAUUAUGUCAUUAUUGGAUAAUUUGAUCCCAGAAGGGCAUUGUGUGCUUAUAUUUUCUCAGACUCGCAAGAUGCUUAAUCUUAUUGAGGAAUGCCUAGUAUCUGAAGGUUAUGAUUUUUUACGAAUUGAUGGCACAACAAAAGCCAGUGACAGACUAAAGAUUGUUAAUGAUUUUCAAGAAGGUUUUGGAGCUCCUAUAUUUCUCUUGACAUCUCAGGUUGGUGGUUUAGGACUAACACUUACAAGAGCAGAUCGUGUGAUUGUAGUUGAUCCUUCUUGGAACCCAAGUACGGAUAAUCAAAGUGUUGACCGGGCAUAUCGAAUUGGUCAAAAGAAAGAUGUUCUGGUAUAUAGACUGAUGACAUGCGGAACUGUUGAAGAAAAGAUCUACAGGAAGCAGGUAUACAAGGGAGGAUUAUUCAAAAUUGCUACUGAACAUAAAGAACAAAUUCGGUACUUUAGCCAGCAGGAUCUCAGGGGGCUUUUUAGCCUUCCAAAAGAAGGAUUUGAUGUAUCUGUUACCCAAAGGCAAUUGAAUGAGGAGCACGAUCGUCAACAUACAGUUGAUGACUCUUUCAAAGCACAUAUAAAGUUUUUGAAAAGUCAGGGCAUAGCUGGAGUUAGUCACCACAGUUUACUCUUUUCCAAGGCAGAGCCAGUUCGAGCUGAUCAUGAGGAUGAUGAAGUUACAAGGAAUCAUAGGGUGAAAUAUGUUGGAACUUCGAGAUCAUCUUCAAAUGAGCAUGUUGCUUAUGGCCCGGAGUUUGCAUUUAAUCCUAAGGAUGUUGGGUUAAGCAAAAAAGGUUCUUCUCCUAGCAGUGCUGGUAAAUUGACCGAGUCAGAAAUCAAGGAUAAAAUUAAGAGUAUCUCUCAAACACUCUCAAAUAUGGCCUGGGCUUCUAAAUUCCUGGCAAGGGCGAGAAACUAAAGAAACGGCUUGCGGAGUUGAACUGAAGAGGGAAGAAAGAAAUGUGGUUGAUUUGGAUGAAUUUCAACGGGUGUUCAAUGUAUAGAUAGAUUAUCCAUAGAAAAUAUAAAAUUAUCAGAAAUAUUGUCCCCG